UGAAAUAACAGAAAUGGAAGCAAAUGUGGAGAGAGAGAAGGAUUGAUUGAUUAGAAAACGUUUUGUUUGGCGCUUUCCUCGCCUUCACUGUUUGAAUCAUUCUUCUUUCUUCACUAUCUUUCUCUUUCUCUUAACUGUUCAAAAUCCACUUCCAUUCCUUUUCCUUUUUCACACAGAAUCAUCGAAAUGUCGUGAUUGUGAUUUCGGUUCAGAUCCAGAUUCAUGGGGAUUUGCUUCAGCAUCAUUGAACAAGAACAUAAUCACAUUUCUCUUUCCGAUUCUAAACCUAAAUCCGCAGUUGGAAAUGAUUCCGGUGCACGAACGACUCCAUUAGGUACCGGUUCCAUGAAUAUCAAAGAACUUCGCGAAGGUGCUGGAUACAGCAACGUUCACAUUUUUACUUACAACGAAUUGAGACUCGCUACCAAACAAUUUCGUCCCGAUUUCAUUUUAGGAGAAGGUGGAUUUGGUGUUGUGUAUAAAGGUGUUAUAGAUGAUAGUGUAAGGGCUGGUUAUAAUUCCACUGAAGUCGCCAUUAAAGAACUUAACCGCGAAGGAUUUCAAGGCGAUCGUGAAUGGCUGGCUGAAGUUAACUAUUUGGGUCAAUUCAGUCACCCGAAUCUCGUAAAGCUAUUUGGAUACUGCUGUGAGGAUGAACACCGGUUGUUGGUCUAUGAAUACAUGGCUAGUGACAGCUUGGAGAAACAUCUUUUUCGCAGAGCGGGCUCAACAUUGACUUGGUCUAAAAGAAUGAAGAUUGCUUUGCAUGCUGCAAGAGGGCUUGCUUUUCUUCAUGGUGCAGAAAGGCCUAUCAUAUAUCGCGACUUCAAGACAUCAAAUAUCUUGCUAGAUGCGGAUUUCAAUGCAAAGCUUUCAGACUUUGGCCUUGCAAAGGAUGGGCCGAUGGGGGACCAAACACAUGUUUCAACUCGAGUAAUGGGCACAUAUGGAUAUGCUGCUCCGGAGUAUGUCAUGACUGGGCAUUUGACUGCUCGAAGCGAUGUUUACGGUUUUGGAGUGGUGCUACUGGAAUUACUUAUUGGUAGGAGAGCACUAGACAAGAGUAGGCCUAGCCGAGAGCAUAACUUGGUUGAAUGGGCUCGCCCAUUGUUGAAUCAUAAUAAAAAACUUCUGAAAAUUUUAGACCCGAAAGUUGAAGGGCAAUAUUCAAGUAAAACUGCAACAAAGGUGGCCCUUUUAGCAUACCAAUGUCUUAGCCAAAACCCGAAAAGCAGACCUCUUAUGAGCCAGGUUGUUGAAAUCCUUGAAAACUUUCAGUCAAAGGAGGAAAAUGAGGAAGAUAAAAUCCUUCAAAGUGGUGGUAGCAGUGUAACCAUUUAUGAGGUUCCAAAGGGCAGCAAUGACACUCCAACUAAGAGCUAACCAAAUUUCAAAUGAUGAGGUCUAUAAGAGCGAGGCAAGAUCAGAAAAAAGCAGAACGCAACCUUCAAAUGACUAUAAUUUAAGUUCUUCACCAGAUUCCGAUGCUCCCUAGAUAAGCUUCUUCCAAAAGUUGAAGUUUCAUCUGUAUGACUAGCAAUUAAAAUUGUCCAAAAUGUUAAAUAGGUGGAUCAUGAUGGUGUUUUCACAUGUUUAUCGAGCAGAAUUUGGCAAAGGCAAUUAUGUAGCUUAAGCAUUUCACUUCAAUUAUUCUUUCCAAUUUUGAAUCAUUGGGAUGUUUGUUGAAAUAUUUCACAUAGUGUCAAACAUUUCUUUCUUAAUUAUUUACUUUGCACAUGAAAUGAACUCACUAAUCAAUUGAAACUUUGAUAUGCUCUUGCAAGGCACGACCUGCAAUUUUUU